GAAUCUUUCUACAGAUUUAUGUAUUAAUCACUUGCAUAAACAAAUGCUGGUCACGAAGGAUUUUCUUAUUCUCAGUGAUAGAUAGCGAUAUUUACAACUACGCAAAACUCCAAAGAAGAAUGGGAACCAACAAUCAGCUCUUGUUGUGCCCGGACCCAUUUUUCAGGUGCAAAGGCCAUCCAUUUCCGCUUACUUUUUUUUUCUUCCGUGUUUUGGUUGAAGUGCUGUUCGUUUUAGUAAAUAUGCAGCAACGAGAGGAGAAGCAGUUGGAAGCAUCUCUUGAGUCUCUGAUUUCUCGAGUCGCACAUCUGAAAAAUUCUCUACAAAAUUUCAUCUAUAAGCUGGAAAAUGAAUAUGACAGAUUGACAUGUGUGAUGGCUUCUGGAAUAAACCCACACUUCCUCCUGUUUCAUUGAAAAGUUUCAUCUAUGCAGCUAAUUUGGCCUUCAGUGCUGGACAACUUUGCACUUUUGUCUGGGCAGCUAAACACCAUCAACAAGCUGUUACGUAAUGAGAAAACUCCAUCCUACCGGAACCAGGUCAUCAUUCCCCUUCUGCUGUCACCCGACAGGGACGAGGAGCUGGCAAAACUGACAGAGCAGCGCGUACCUGUGUUCAGCCACGAGAUCGUACCGGACCACCUGAGGACAAAACCCGACCCAGAAGUAGAAGAGCAGGAGAAACAACUGAGUACAGAAGCUGCCAGGAUUGGACAGGAAGUAGCUCAGAAACAGAUCCAGACCCUGAACAAACUCUGCUCGAGUCUUUUGGAGAAGCUCAAUAACCCUCGAGACGACAGAGACGCAGAAACAUCAGCUAUGCGCCAGAACAAACAGUGGUUUAACCCAACCGACACCAAUGCCUUGGUGGCGGCAGUUGGCUUUGGGAAAGGCUUGUCCAAGUGCAGACCGCCCGCUUCAGUGGCUCCUGGACAUCCGGGACAAACCAUGAUGACGGGGGGACCCACGCUGCAGCAGGUGACCAUUCCUGGUGCUCCUGGACAUCAGGGGGGUAUCGGCGCAUCUGUGGCACAACAGCAGCCUGGCCAGCCUGGGAAAAUGCCGAGCAGCAUUAAGACCAAUAUUAAGUCAGCCUCAGGUUCAAUGCAUCCUUACAACCGGUAACUGUGAAAGCUCACGUUCUGCUUGAGCACCUGUUUCAAGGAGAAUGACAAAUCUGUAAUAUUGUACUUGUUUCUAUAUAUCUUUUUUUUUUUUUUUUAAAUAAACACUGUGUGAAUUUACCUUAUUCUUUCUCCUCGUAUCCUAUAUGAAAUUAUAUAAAUUUGGUAAUGGUAUAUGUUACCACUGCUGACUUGGUUGGGCAUAAAAGGCAUGUUUUUGUUGUUGUUGUUUGCCCCCCCAUGCAGUCAUUCUAUUUUCAAACCUUCCGUAAACCAAAAUUGUUCAGUAACUAAUACCAAAUGACAAUAUCAUGGCCUUUAUAAUUUCUUGACUUGCAUUCCAUAAUUCAUAAGCCUAAUGAGUAAGAUUACUAUUUUAAAACAUAAUUUGAAAUAGCAAAUCAAAUGUUUUGUCUUUACGGAGCAGCCUACUCCACCUGUUUGACAUGACUGUUGAUGUAACCUUGUUUAUGUUACAAGCUGCUUAUUAAAAGCGUCUGUGUAGCGAGCAGGCAUGUAAUGAUGUAUCAUGCAAUGACCCAAGUGUAUGAUGAUUUGAAUUGAAAUAAAAAAAAAUGAAUCCCA